AUGUCCUGUGAAUGUGCAGGACACAGCAAGGGUGCCCAAUACAGCUACAUGACGACGACCAGGACUUCCAAGGACUCGGAGGAGAGAGCCAUGGAUUCGAUGCUGGUGACCUCGGCUCCAGCUUCUGGGACCUUCUCUCAUGUCUUCGGUCAGCAGUGCCAACUUAUGGAGGCAGCUGUGCAGUCCUUACAUACCUUAAAUGACCAGAUCUCCCACUUUGUGGUCACCAAGUCGAAGACCCUAGAGGAGGAUAAAGACCCCUUUCUACCCACAGAAAAAGAAUCUCUGAAGAACUCAAUGACAUUGAUGAGACAUCUCCUAAUGGAUGCCCAGAUUUGGCCAGAAGGAGCCGUGGAUCCUGACGUCUUCUCCAAAGAUGUACUUUACUUGAAACAAAGCUGUUGUUCCAUUCUCCAAUGA